AUGAUCACAGAUGUCAUGCCUCCUCGUAAGCCCGGAAUCAAGGCUGAAGAGAAUCAUGAUAUGCCUGGACCGACUCAAUGGCCUACUCCGGCCCUUACCGAUACUAGACUACGCCUGUCCUACGCGAUCGCCCGUGGAGAGCAGGGCGUUCUAACGUUCGAGCCCUAUAAGGGUAUCCUCCUCCCACACUGGCGCUUCAAGACCGUCCCCAUAGCCCAGCACUCCUCCGUAACACUCAAAUCUGCCUUCGACUGUUAUGUCAAAGCCGAGGACUUUGUCGGCGCGGACAUGGCUCGCAAGUUCAUCCAAAUGGGCAUGACCAGAGCCAAAAGAUAUGCAAACCACAAAGGCGGCCGCAAGUACGAUCGUACCGAACGAGAGAUAGAGCGAGACGGCGGCAGCAGAAAGGAACUGCCAAAGAGUACAGGGCAUGAAGGCAUGAAAGAGAAGCUGGCAGCUAGCGAAGUCUUCAAAGAAGUGUGGAAAAACUGUACGAGCGAUGCAAAGUACCUCCAGCUAAAAGAACAGUGGCAGAAGGAGAAGAAGGACUAUGCAAAGUCGAGUAAUGGCAAGAAGACAGGUGUGAGGAAGGAGGAAGUUGGGGGCGAUGCUGAGGUGAAGACGAAGGUCAAAGAGGAGGACUUGAGUCGUGAUUGA